GACGUCACAAAAGACGUGUCAGUGGAAGGAGUAGACAGGGAUUGUAGAGAAGCAUGUUGAAAAAUGUCCGAUUACUUUAAUUUAUCGUACAGCGUGAAUAGUGGUAAACAGAGGGGUUCGUGUUGUCGCGCGUGUGUACGUUAGACCGGUGUCGUUACAUGAUUAUCAUUGAGCCUCGAGGUAUCACGUGGACUAAGACGAAGUCAGUUUCGAACUAGUCAGACACGCCGUCGUACCGAAAUAUCAUCGAAAAAUAAAACUGGUGUGGACGGUGUGGUUUUGUUCUCAUGGGACUUUUUGGAUGCUGGCUUUUGCGAUACGGAUAAACGUGUAAAUUAUUGGAAGACUGAAGAUAGAUCGAGGAAUAUUUGCAUAUCAGAGGCCCCGGAGGACCUGGGCAACGAUGGAAGCUGCCAGACAGGAAUGAUAGAAUGCAAGAGGGUAGCACCGCCGUGGCGCUAGCGAUGGUGACUCCUGGCUACGAUCAGGACCCUGCAAGUGGGGUUGCCGAUUACACGACUCAUCAAGAUCAAGCUCAGUUCGAGGCAGACAAGAGGGCAGUCUAUAAACAUCCCCUCUUCCCGUUGCUCGCGUUACUCUUCGAAAGAUGCGAACAAGCUACACAGAGUUCGGACAACUCGACGUCCGAAAGCUUCAACAUGGACAUACAGGCCUUCGUCCAACACCAAGAAAGAGACCGAAAGCCUUUCCUAAUCAAUGACCCCGAAAUUGACGGUUUGAUGAUCAAAGCGAUACAGGUGCUGCGAAUUCACCUACUCGAGUUGGAAAAAGUGCAGGAGCUGUGCAAGGACUUUUGCAACAGGUACAUCACGUGCCUGAAGGGCAAGAUGCAGAGCGAGAAUCUGCUACGCAGCGAUUACAGUCACCAUGGACACGAUAUGGGUCCAUCGAGUGGCAGCAACGGAAGCAGUCCUUUGCAGGUGCUGUCUUCUACAGGCAAUGAUGUUGAGUCGGGAGCUAACGGAUUCAGAGUGAGCAGAGGCGACACCCUGUCGGAGAACGGUGGUGCGAGUCAGUUGGCUGCGCAAGAGGAAACCGGUAACGACAGGCCGUCGUCGGUGCGAUCAUCUUCCACUGCUCAGCGCUCGAUCAGAUCCUCCAGCCAGGACCAUGACGAUCCACUGUCACCUUCCACGGUACACGGGAGCACACCGCUCUCACAAAUUGGGGCUCAUUCCUGUGCACCAGUCAACGAUAUCUAUCUUGGUCAAGAUGAUAUGGACUGUGUGAAUAUUGGCGACAGAAUAUAUUUAGAAGAGGUUGGUUAUUGGGGCCUCCUUGCCUUGCAAGAGCGUGAAAAUGAAUACGUCGAUGUCGGGGAUGCGAAUGACGAAAAGUAUUUUGAUAUUACUGUGGCUGGCUCUCCUUCACCUGCACCAAGUGAAGACGAAGACGAAGGAUGUGGCACUGGUACUGCUACUUCCAAUCACAGUAGUAGUGGUCAUGGAGGUAAUCAUAGCAGCGUUAAGAAAGGAAGACAAAAGCGAGGCGUCUUACCUAAACAAGCUACAAGCAUUAUGCGAACUUGGCUCUUUGAACAUUUAGUUCAUCCAUACCCCACGGAGGAUGAGAAGCGUCAAAUAGCGGGUCAAACGAACUUAACGUUGCUACAAGUCAAUAAUUGGUUCAUCAAUGCUCGUCGAAGAAUCCUUCAGCCAAUGCUCGACGGUGCCGGAGCGGAUUCGAUACAGCGAGCCGGGAAACGUCACAAGGUAUCGAAACACGUGGUGCAACAUCAACAGGUGCAGCAGCAACAAGGCGGCGGCUGGCAAUCUGAAGAUUCUGGAAGUGACUCCGGCUCCAGCGACGGUGAGGGAGGUGCCGAUAGAUCGAAAGAUGGUAACGAUAGCGACGAAGAUGAUCUUCACUGACCUCUGUCGAUCAUUAAAACAUCAACCUCUUUACGGUACCUUCAAAUCCAGUUGCUCAUUACAGUAUUAAGGUAUUCGAGAAUAGAUUUCGCUUUAACUGUCAAAUACGUAAUUAUUCUCGCGAAAAUCAAGGGUAUUAUUGGUCGAGGUUAUCACGCUCUCUUAUCGGAUCCGACAGUUUCAAUCUCUUUUACUAUCCAUGGAGUAUCUUAGCGUUUUUAAACGUCGUUAUUCGUUAACUACGAUCCGAGAAAGAUUGAACAAGAAAUCCUGUAUAAUUCGAAACAUGUUCUUUCCCUUUUUUUUUUUUUUUUUUUUUUUUUUUUUUUUUAUACAUUGUCUGUAAGAAUAAUUCGAUCAUGAUAAGAAAGAGUUUUAGGAUUGUUAUAUUUUUUAAUCAGUUUCCUUGAUUCGUUGAUAAACAAGUUACAUUGAAGCAACUUUUUUUCUCCUGAAUAAUUCGUUCUUGCUGUUGUUUCUUCUUGAUGACUCUUGAUGAAUCUUAAUGAUUAUUAAUUUAUGUGUAAUGGUUCAAGGCGACAAACGAAGAUGGUAUAAAAAAGUCAUCACUUGUAUCACUUACUGAACAAUAGACAGUGUUUUCCAAGAUGUUUAUCAAUCGAGUUGUUUAGCUGAUUAGUUAAGAAGUAGUUCAAAUCAACUGAUUUGUAGAAGCAAAUUAUUUUUCGAAAGAAGACUUGAAAUGUUCGUGAACAAUAUUCACACUGUGAAAGAUCUUUAUGGAGACGAGUAUGUUUGCGUGUAACAUGUACAUUUUUUCUAUGAUAUAAACUACGAACAAAGAGUUUACUCGUUUAACAAAACGAUUAGAAACAAGUUAAAUCUAAGGUGACAACAACACAAAAGUUAGCGUUACUGUUUAUAUAUUUUUAUAUCGAAACUUUAUUUCCUUCAAGAUACGUUUUUCCCAGGCUUCGCAGCGAUAUGACACGUCUUUCAAUGUUUAACAACAAAACAAUAAAAAAAAAAUAAGAUCAGUACGUGCUUAAAGAUCAUAAUUUCUGUAGAAAGUUAGCGAUCUUUAUAUCACUUUAUUUUCAAACUGUUCUGAAAUACUAUUAAACUUACAGAUACAUUUAUCCAAUGAACUCUGGGUGGAAUAAAAAAUUAAAUACUAAUGACAUUUAAAGUAAAGGAAAAAAAAGCAAAGAUAAACGUUUGACUAUUUAUUGGUUCGACCAGCCUCACACAGUUAACUCGAUUCCUGAAUAGUUUUGAGAGAAUUUAGGGAUAUUUCUGUAAAGGGGAGACUUAGUACUUUCUAUAGUGUUAUCGAAAAUCGUCCAAAUGAGACUAUGUAUAAUAUAGAUAUCUUAAAUAACGACACAAAUGAACGAUCGUUCUCAACCCUUCCUAAUUAAAAUAAGCUAUGACGAUAUUGUGCUACUACAUUUAACAUAGGCGAGAUAUGUUUUUGUGAUCGGUCGGCAACCAUCGAAAUGCUAAAAAGAUAAAUCUAAAUCCCGGGAAAACCCAUGCGUAAAAAAUGAAGAACUGGAUUACAAUGAAUUAAAAAAGAAGAUGAUUGUGAUGAUCGGUCAGUAAAAUGGUAACAAUCUCGGUCUUGUACUCUUCGUGCCAUUAAAGAGCGUGGUAACUUCCGCGUUUAGUCUUUGUUCAGCUCUGCAGUGUCGUGACAUAGCGAAGUGCUAUCCCUCCAAGAUAAUAAUAAUAAUAAUAAUUAAUAAUUAAUAAUAAUAACAAUAAUAUUAUUAUUAAUAAUAAUACCAUUACGACUAAUAAUGAUAACAACAACAAUGAUAAUAUAAUACUACUUUAAAUAUAUGAUGAUUAUAUUUUUAAACUCUAAGUGUCGUCUUUAAAAGAAGAAAAAACAAAAAGAAAAAAAACACGUGUACCGCAGUUUGAACAAAUGUGGUAAUGCUGUACAUAUACAAUAUACAAGAACUAUUAGAAAUAAAGGAGAAGAACGUUUAAUGUGAUUUCUCUUCAAACAGAAAUCAAGAGAAAACAGGAAAAAUUGAAGAAAAAUAUGAUUAACAAUACAUUUUCUUGUAACUGAAAAAAUACAACAGAGAAAAAAAGUCUAAGGCUCGACGACAAGCACAUGCCAUCUUAGGAUUAUAAGUGUUCAUACAUUCGCUGUCUGCAUAUGAUCGGUUGCGUUUUACUGAAAGUGUCCUCCAGAUUGCGCGUGCUGAAUAGUUAGCGACAUGUAAAAUGUUUUACUUGAAAGAAUCAGAGAAAAUUGAACGGAAAACGAGUUUCAAGAUUUUUAUCACUUAAUCGACGUUGUUUUAAGUUCGAUGACGAUUAAUCAUGUACAUACAUACGAUGCUCUUCCUGCGUACUUGUCUUCGAUUGUUCUUCAAUUAUUUCCAAGCGUUCCGUCCAUCGCAUUUUCAACACUGUUGAGAUCCUCGACUGCCUUCGAAACGCUAUUCUAAAAGAACAAGCAUUUUUUAAACAAUCAUUCAAAUGUAGAAGUGUAAUCGCAUCUAAAAACGCAACUUACUAUUAGCAAUAAUUUUCAUAUUUCUUUUACGAUUUUCUCUACUCUUUUAAUGCCUGCAAUGAAGACUAUUUUUCUGUAUUCAAUCAUCCCUUAUCGAUCCGUAAAAUAUGUUAAGGUGAUAUUGGGGAGCGUUAUCGAGUUCCACCGGAUAAUAGGAGAAUGAGAAUGAAAUAAUGAUUCGUUUGAAAUGAAUUUCAUAAAAUUUCUUAAUAAGCUAUGUUGGUGUCAGUGAUUCCUAAUAUACAGCACUCUCUUAAUUUCUGUGCGAGGUAAUAAUAAUAUUAUAAUCUGUAAACAAGUAUAUGACUAAGAAACGAACGCUAGUCCACUGAUUAAAACGCAUAGAGGAUAGCCCGCAUAAGUAGUCGAUUUUUGGUCAUUUUUUGAUCAUUGAUCGCUUCCUAAAAGGACAAGAUGAAACGAUAAAGUUAGGUUAUAGAUGUGCAAAGAUAAGAAAAGAACAAAUAAUAGUUAUUAAUGUAAACUAUGCGGUCGAUUCUCAAUGUACUCAGAGGAGCGAAAAGUUAAAAAUUAUUGAUUAGGUCUAUUGAUAUUUACUUUGCUAUUAAUUGGUAUUAUACUUUUCUUCCGGUAUAUAAUCGAUGUACAUAGCCGAAACAGGCACAAAGUGCUUCCAUUAGUGGCUUACGAGCUUUUUCCGAGCAUUGUUCGAGACAAACUGAUUUCUAUUCCAAUAGUUGGCCAGUGUCUUAUCCGGCUGCUCGAAACUGUUAAACAUGUUCUAAGGGAAAGAAGCAAGUUAAUCGAGGCUUAGUAAAACGAUAUCAUCAGUUGAAGACAGCUUUUAUUACAGUAUAGCUCCAUAUACGGUGUAGUGAUGUAAGUGAAACAAAAAUAAAUGGGGCGAACGAUUGUGGACAAUGGUUGCGAAAAAAAAAAGAAAAUCAACGAAAAAAACGCUGAUUCGAUUAUAUGACGAACUAUAUAUUAUUUAAUAGCAUUUUUCUACUUUGCUUUUAUCUCUAACUGGAUCAGCGAUUAAUAAAUAUGGUCUACGAUCGUUCGUACCAGUUAGUUCGUCUGUGUUUAUAAGUACCAGCAAUAAAUGCGCACUCUCCCUAAGAAAAUAGAACUAAGAAUCGUCAGCUCGUAUCGCGUCAAAUCACCUGAUACGGGACUAUACUGUACACUCUCGACUAAGUAUAAUUAUAAAGUAAUGGUAGAUUAAGAGGUAGGUUGUAAGGCUGAACCACGUAUACGUAUGUGCUGCGGCACCAGACGACUGUGAUAACUCGGUGGGCGGUGCCCAGCCUCCUACUUCAUACUUGUAUACUGAAAAUUAUGGAAUACUUCAAAGACACACACAUACAAACACACCAUACAUAUACACAAGAUAAAAAAAUCAGAGACUAAAUACACAAGUAGGAACAUUUACCAGAAAGGAUUGAAUGUAUAUGUUAGAGCUUGCAUUGAGAGAACUUAGUGCUUGGUCCGUAGGCUUGCUUGGAUUGUUCUUUUUGCCCUUUAUAAGUUUUUGCUUGUGAUCAGUGGUUCCUAUUGAGAGUGCUUGUUUUAAAAGUAACUUGGACGUAUUUAAAAACCAACGAGUUGUUUGAAUUGAAUAUUUCAUAUAUUUUGUAAAUAGAAUAAUUGAUAGUAGAUAUACAUUUAUUAUAAUUAUACUAUACAAACAUACACAUACUAUAAUUGUUUACAUUAAAAUAUAAAUAGGGAUAUAGAAAUUCAAAACGUAUGAACAUUUUCAUCCUUCCAGGUGCAUGAGGACGGACUUCCAAGUAAAUCUCUAAUGUUGCAUUAGUGAUUGAAGUGCAAGCUCUAAAAUAUUUGAGAAGAUAGGAAUGGACCGAAAAGUGUGAUGAUAAUAAGAGUUUUUUUGGUACAAGAUUAAGUUUCAUGUUUUGACUGCCUGAGUUCGUUGAAUUAUUUGUUUAUCUUCCAUGGACUUUUAUAACUAACAUACUAAAGAUAAUGUAUAUUUCACAUGUUACAUUUCUCAUCUUGUUUUACAAUAUUUUGUACUGUUAUUCCGUUAAUAUCUGAUAUCGUCAGGGAACACCCUAGGAUAAAGUACUUCUUUUAAACUUUUUAUGUUGUAUACGUGCAUUGAUUUAUAUUGUUCUACUAUAAAUGUGAUACGAAAAAAAUAGGACAACUCAAAUUUUAGGCUACCCGCUUUCCUAACAUUAUCCUUGUUGUAAUUUCGUAUUCUCUAUUUUUUUUUUAAUUUCGUUAUAUUUUGUUACUCCUUAAAUAAUAAUGAACUAUACAAAUAUUUGUAAGAAAUAUGUUUUAGUUCAUGUAUUUUAUAAAUAUUCACGAAAUCCCUAGAAGAAAUAUUCUGUACCUUUUUAAAGAUAUUUAAAUGUACAUUAACAAAUGUUUGUACAAUACUGCAUGUAUAUGAUAAUAUUAAACUACAGGACUUUCGUAGGUCCAUUCCUAACUUGAAAUUUUAAGUCAUAAAUUAAACGUAUUACGUACAUACUAAAAAGAAAGCAUAAGUAAACAACAUGAAUACUUCUCUCUCGUGUACAUCAAGGUCCUGUUAAAUAAGUUGUUUAUUAAUAAUAAACGCCAUCACGCUUGCAA